AAAUGUGGACUGAACGUGAGCCAACGUUGCUUUAACUGGCAUCUUUACAUCAGUUACUCCGUUAACAGUUAAAAGGGCCCGAGCUACCGCCCGGAAGCUGAAUCUGGGCGGAAUGUGGGCUAACUUUCCGCGAAUUGGCAUCUCUACAUCGGCAUCCGAGUCAAACAGUCGGCCGGGCGGCCCCUGCGCCACCUGACGGGAUCCGGAGUAGCACAAGACACGCCGCUGGUGUGGCCGUGAGUGGAACGUGCUCGGCGCUGCUCGGUGCUCACUGCUUCUCCGUCAUGGCGUCCGCCAAGAACGCAGCGUCCAUCUACGACUUCAAGUGCAGUGAUAUUGACGGCAAUGAGGUGCCGCUGUCCAAGUACGACGGCCAGGUGUGCAUCAUCGUCAACGUGGCCUCUAAGUGAGGCAAGACCCCGACCAACUACCGGCAGUUGGUCCAGCUGUACGACACGUACAGCGAGCAGGGUCUCAGAAUCCUGGCCUUCCCGUGCAAUCAGUUCGGGAGCCAGGAGCCGGGCACACCAGAGGACAUCAAGAAGUUCGUCGCCGGCUACGGCGUCAAGUUUGACAUGUUCGCCAAGAUCAAGGUGAACGGAUCCGACGCGGAUCCUCUCUGGGAGUACUUGAAAAACAAGCAAGGCGGCACGCUGGGCAACUUCAUCAAGUGGAACUUCACCAAGUUUGUGGUGGACCGCAAGGGCCAGCCUGUCGCUCGGUUCGGGCCCGGCGAUGACCCGAUCCCUGCCGUCGAGAACGCUGUGAAGAAGCUGCUCUGAGUGACCUGAGAGGGCCGUCGCCGCCGCCGCCGCCGCCGCCCCGCCCGUCGGAUGACGUCUCGACUGGAAACCUGCAAUGCGGGUCGGCCGGGACCGAAGAGAUUCGGACGGGGUAGCUGCGGCCGCAGCCGCCGCCCUUCCCCGCUCAUCAGCUGAUCUGUGUUACCGGACCCGCCCCCGGGCAGGGGAUGUGAUUUUGUAAUGGACAGCGUCAACCAUGUGCAAUGGCAUGUGUCAAACCAUCAGCAGUCUGUCAGUGUACGGCAGUGCGUCCGUGUGCAGCGUUUACAACGCUCUCUCUGUUCAGCAGUCUCUCCGUGAGCACUGUGUGUCCUUGGGCCGCAUCGGAAAAUCAAUACCGCAUUCUAAGAAGUGUGUACGCGGAUGACAAUACACAUUCGUAUCGAU